GCCAAACUCUUCAAAGAUAGUCCUAAACGUUUUAUAAUGAAUUGGAACAAGUUAAACUUUAUGGCUUCGAUCACAUCAUUGUUGUUGGAGAACUUCCCUACGGAAUUCUUUUUCUUGAUUUUUACGGUUGGUGAAGAAGGAAUCCAAGACUGGUCGGGUAGCGUGGGGAGUGUCGGACAAUGGAACUGUGUUUGA